AUGAUAUACCUCCCUAGAAAGCUCAUCCGGAAUAAUAAAGCCCCCCCUCAAACGCUUCAAUCUGAAGAAACUACAUUUGUCACAACUAUCGUCUCCAACACCGCUAUGUCGUACAACCACGCAAACAAUGGAUUUUUCUCAGAAAUGGGACCUUCGGGCCAUUUUCUUAACCCGAUGUUCCAGUGUCUGUGGAGCGGAUCAGAUGGCUCGCGCUGCAACUACCCAUUUUUUGCCCACGAACUUUCUGCUCACCUCCGUGAAUAUCAUGGAAUUCGGGGUGCAGACAAGUCGCGCGUCCAUUGCUGUUGGAAUGAUUGCAACAAGGAGCUCAAUAAAGAGAGCCUCUCUAGGCAUGUGGAGGAAAGGCACCUCAGGAUUAUAUAUCCUUGCGAUACCUGCAACAAGACUUUCACGCGCCAAUACAAUCUCAAUGACCACAAGAACAAUUGCCCGGUUCAGCAGCAGUAG